AUGUCAUUAAAGAUUAUACUACCUACGCAUAAGAAUGAGCUCAACAAUGAUCUAGAUACAUUGGAAAAUCUACAAACAAGAAAGAUAGCAUAUUAUGACGAAACAAUCAAGGGCUAUAUAAUAAAUAAUAAUGAAAAUAACCUAGGGCCUAAAAAAGUAUCACUUUACCUGAGUAUAUUACCUCAAGGUUCAACUUUAAGUAAUACUUCAAUUGAUGAUUCAACCAGCUCAAGCAUGUUUAAAUUUACUUUGGAUGAAAAUCAAGUUAUUUUGGACAAUGAUAAAACUACAGUAUGGCAAUUUGAGCUUCCAAUAAUGUAUCAACGUAAAAAAUAUGCACAACCAAAUUUAUUCAUAUCAUGUAAACUUGAAGACUCAAUUGAUAACCAACAACACGAUCAUAAUACACUAGAGGAUUCAAUAGAGUUACCGAAUUUUAUGCCUGUUUUUAAUGAUUUUAUGGCAUAUUCUGACAUUUCAAUAAAUGAAAAACAUCAAAAUAUUGAAGAAACUAUUGUGAGUAAAAACUUGCACGUGGAAAAAGAAGAAACAACUGAAAACAUAGCUGAAAUAAGUAUCCCAAUAAUAUCAUCAUUAGUAAUUAAAUUGAAAACAACAAAACCCGCAGGUCGGAACGGUCUUUUACUAGCUGCGUUAAAUAUUGAAUGUUCAGAAGAAAUGUUACAUCUUAUGACAAAAGACAAAAACGAUCAAGGAUCCGAAGAUGAAAAAACAAAUUCAGUAAACGAUAUAAGCUUUGAUAUAUCUGAACUAAAUGUAAUAUUUGAAAACUCAAUUUGUGAACCAUCACAUUACAUUUUUCCAACUCAUAUGGGAAUUUUAGAUUCAUUAAAUGUCAUUUAUAAAUUAAUCAGUAAUGAUCCCACCAGCAAAAAUACGUCAAAACCAAUUUCAAUAAAACUAACAUUCAAAAUUCAAAAAAAAGUCGACGACGAAUUAAUAGACAUCAGUAAUGUGAUCCAAACUGAGUGGAGUCCAUUUAUAGACUUUGGGUUAAUUGCACCUCCUAUAAAUAAUGCAUUAAAAACAAAUAAUAAUGUAUCUCAAGUACAAUCUCAAGUGGGAAACUUACCGAAUGGAACUAAUAUACGACAAAAGGCGUUAUUAAAUAAUAUUUACAAAUUGAAAAGCCCAAGUACUUCCAAUCAAAGCACGAAUAGUUUAUCAGUGUCAUCUUCAGCUUCUUCUUCAACAACUGCAAAAAGAAUUCAUUCAGGUACGACAAGAGUUGCAUCAUCAGUCACUGUUAACUUAUCUACUAAUGUCAAUUCUUCAUUGGCAGGUUUAAGAUUAACAUUCAUUGGAAAACUAGAUAUGAAACUAGGCCAGGUUACAAAUUGGAAGAUUCAAGCUGUUAAUAAUUCAAUUAAUAGACUAAAUCUAUCGUUACUAGUUCAGAAUCCAAUCAACUUUAAUCCUAUAUACAACACAAGUACAACAUCCGGAAAUAAUAAUUUUUCUUCAUCAAAUUUAUUACCAAUGCUAAAUCAUGGAGAUAAAAAUAAUAGAGACAAUGACAUAAUAAUUCAAGGAAAAACUCAACUAUUUUCACUAUAUAAUUCCUUAAAAACAAAUUAUGAAGAAGAAGGUGUAAUUAUUUUGAAUAACGAUGUUAGAAUUGGUCCAUUAGAUCCUCAGACUGUAUUUGAAACUAAUUUACAAUUAAUUGGGAACAAAACAGGUAUAUUUAAUUUAGACGGUAUUAAAAUUUUUGAUAUAAAUACUGGUGAUGGAUUAGAUUUCGGAAAAUUAAUAGAAGUAUUUGUAGUAUAA